AUGCCCACAGCCUUGUACGUAUUAAUUGAAGACGUUGUUGCGGUGGAUGGUGGUGGUGGGCAGUUAUACAGAAGGGCAAUUCGUGAUAGAUAUCUCUCCAGCCCUUACUUCAGACAGAUGCUCUUUGAAAUGAAUUGCUUUUGGGGUGGCGGGUCAGUCGUCUUUGCAGCGGUCAUCACUGCUCUGGUAUUCACAACACCUAGAGACGUGGCAUAUACGGCUGAUCUUCGCAAGGAGAAGGCUGCCUGGGGGAAAUACUCCCUUCAUGGGAUUCCUUAUACCGAUGACAUCACUUGUCCUACACCCCAGACUCGGUUUAUAUCCGUUUCUGGCAGGUUGAUGUCCUCAUUACCAUUCCAGAAGCCGCAUCUCAUUUACAAGCAUGAUAUCAUUUAUGGAAUGGAACACUAUUUCGAGCCUCCGCUUCUUUAUUCUAACCAUGAAAACCCGAAUGCAAACCACAAUAUCCAAAUGUCCAUCCAUCUAUCGUCCGAUUCCCUAAUGGAGACAAAAUUGCACGUAACAGGGAAACCACCCGAACAAAAGAACGAUGCUUUGAUAAGGAGAAACAACAUCAAAGCGAAAGAACAGCAAAGGCAACUCCAGCGCCAAUCCAAGGUUGAAGGGGAUACCAUCGCCCCAAGACUAAUUAGAGAACAAGAGAUAUAA